UCUUUUUUCUCCUUUCUUGUUGGCUUUGUGUCUGAAUAUAGACCGAGUUGUCAGUCAGUCUGUCAGUCAGUCGGUUGUUGGGCCUUCACACCUCUCCGUCUGCCUGCRCCWCGUGUCCCGUUGUCUUUUCGCUCUGACUCCAGCUUUGAUCUGGUUUGAUCCUCGCUGACAGAAAAKAGCCGUGAUUCUCUGGUAUCAGCCCAGGUCAUCUGUCAGACGUCUCCCAGUGCUUACAUGAAGUCAUCUGAGAAACACAUUUGCUGUGUUGCGGUCGGGCCUCUGACAGGAUCAGUCUUCUUUUCCUUGAAAGGCCGCUGCAAAUAAUUUCAAAUCUCUUUUUUCAUAUUCCUUUUAAAUGUCCUAAAAUGAGAAAAAGGAGCKUUACACUGUGAAAGCUCUAAUGCCUUGCCRAUGGAUGGGUUUGGGUUUUAUUAAAACAGUAAGAUACACUUCAGCACCCUCUCAUCAGUGGCAUGGCUCUGACUGUUGUUGGCAUUUUAAAGAGUAUUUUGACAUUAUAAAUCUGCAAGAGRAGGGUUACAGCUUGCAGAAAUAAACAAACAUUUGUUAAAUACCCAUUUGUCUUGAUGUCAAUGUGAAAUAUGUUAGACCAUUUAUACAGAAGAUCUCAGCUUCAAAAUAAGAGAAAUAAAAACCUUAUAAAGUUUGAUGUGCCUUUUUGUUCAGCUCUUGUGAGAUAACACAGGCAUGCAAAUUGUGAUCGGUAGUAAGAAUUUUAUUUAUGCACAGCUCAAUUCUACUAGGUGACUCAUAAAGGAAAUGAAUUGCCUUGGACUUUAUUUACCGUUUCAGAGUAAAGGGUGCUGAAUUCAAAUGCAUGUAAAAAUAUUCAGGUUUUUGUAAAACAAAAUUGAAAGCCAUGUGUUCUUUUCCUACCACUUUCUUGCCCAACUAUCACCUUAAAAAUUCACAAAUUAGUUUAAGUUUGAAGAUGUAAUGCAACAAAAUGUGACAGGGUACGUAUAUAUGUACUUCAGCAAUGACACUGUAAGCUGUAGUCCUCUAUUACCGCCUGUCUUCUAAGUCUUUUUUGUCUUCAUCAUCAACUUAGCACAAUAACAAGCAAUCUCAAUUUCUGCUAUUUUACACAACAAUGGAAUUGUUGAAGCUUUUUAUUCUGUCUAUGCUCCUAAAGUGCUCUUCUGCUGCCUCUAUAAAUUUAACGAUUUGCAGUAUUUCAACAUUUGUUAGUGUUUUUGCCUUCAGAAUAAACUGUGAGCAUGUUCUUGUUGUCUUCCUGUCAUGAAUCUCAGAUUAAUAUUUUUCAAAAUGUAUUUGCUCUAUCGGAAGCGAAACAAAAAAGAGAAAAGAAAAAAAAUAUUCUGAGAAUACAAUUUUUGCUGUGAAUCAAGGUUUUCCCGGCUUGAAACGUGAUUUUGUCCUUUUAAUUUUAUUUUCUUUUUUGCGCUGUCUGUACCGAGGACAAUAAAGUUGAUUCAAACAAACACCGUGACGUCACUGCAAACAAUGGCAGCCAGCGGUUCAGCUGUAACGGUUCUGACUCCAAACGGGAGAAGACAAACAAUUAAAGUGGCUCCAAACACACCUUUGUUACAGGUAUUGGAAGAUGUUUGCAAAAAACAUGGAUUUGACCCCAAUGAUCACGGUUUAAAGUUUCAGAGGACCGUUCUUGACCUGACGCUGCCGUGGAGGUUUGCCAACCUUCCCAACAAUGCCAAACUGGAAAUGGUGACAAGUACAAGGAAACAAAGUGGAGCUGACAGCCAGGUGCGGAUCGCGCUCCAGAUGGAGGACGGCUCUCGGCUCCAGGGUUCCUUCUCCUCCGGACAGAGCCUGUGGGAAGUGAUCGCGCAUUUCCCUGUGAUCAGUGACAGAGUGUCGGAGCAGACCGAGUCCGGAGCCACUCCUGCAUGUGUUUACAUGAGAGACGAGGUGAGUGGAGAGGAAGCGUUAAAGAAAACCACUCUAAAGUCUCUGGGUCUUACAGGUGGAAGCGCCAUUGUCAGGUUUCUACACAAAAAGAAUCAAGCAGCAGGAGAGGAAGAUGAACCUGUUGCAGCGCCAAGCACACCUGUUGCAAUGGAAGCCGCUCCCAGCGAAUCGCCUCAGCCCGACCCCGCGCCGUCGAUUCUAGAGGCGUCAGCUGAAGUUGUGCCAACCAGUGAAUCGGAUCCACACGAGCCAUCGGAAACCCCAGCUGUGGCAGCUCCAAGCUCCGUUGCUGAAGACGUUCCUAAGCCUCAGGAUGUGGUUCGACCCAAAGUCCCGAGAGCAGUGGAGGACGGAGAGGAAGCCGGACCGUCAGGGUUGAACUCUCUCCUGGCCGCCUCUGCACCAGCAGCUCCUUUCAUUCCUUUCUCUGGCGGCGGUCAGCGCCUCGGGGGUCUGGCCGGAGAGAUCGGCCACUCGCUGACUUCGUCCUCGUCUCUGGCGGCUCUAACCCCGACCGUGCAGUCGCCCAAAGCCAAGAAGGCCAAAUCAAACCACAGCACUAAAUGCAAAGCAACUGUCAAAUCGGCAGACCGGGAUCUGGAUAACACAGAGGAGUUUCUAGAGCCGGUGGACAGGGAGCCUCUCAUCUACCACAUGGACUCUGCGUCCCGUCGAACCGCGGACCACCCCGAUCUGCCCGACGAGUUCUUCGAGGUGACCGUGGAUGACGUGCGUAAGCGCUUCGCCCAGCUGAAGAGCGAGAGGAAGUUAUUAGAGGAGGCUCCGCUCCUCACUAAGGCUUUGAGAGAAGCUCAGAUGAAGGAGAAGAUGGAGCGCUAUCCCAAAGUGGUCCUGAGGAUCCAGUUUCCAGACAGACAUGUUCUCCAGGGCUUCUUCAGGCCCCUUGAGACAGUCGGUGCAGUGAGACACUUCCUGAGAAGUCACUUGGAGGAUCCUGAGAUUAGUUUCUACUUAUUCAUCACCCCUCCAAAAACGAUCCUGAAAGAUCCUUCAGCUACUCUGGUGGAGGCCGACUUGUUUCCUGGUGCUUUGGUGUACUUCGGCUCUGACGUCAAAGCAGAGUUUUACAUAAAGAGAGAUCUGCUUGAGACGUCCGUUUCAGCCCUGCAAGCCAAUGAGUCCAUUGCGAGCUGCCUGCUCCGGUCCCCAGAGAACUCACCCAGCUCAGAACCUGUCGAGGAGCCGCCGCCGCCCGCAGAAGCGAUGGACACUGACCCAAAGUCGGCGCGGGAAGAGCCAGAAGCGUCUACACAAGCACAUGACACUAAGCCGGCCAGAGCUGAGCCGGGCAAGGUGCCCAAGUGGUUCAAACUGCCAGGUAAGAAAUGAGGGCGUGUGCUACGCAUUGAAGGAGUCGGAGCCGCAUCCAGACCUCUGCUGUGCUUCCACUGAGGUCCUGAUCCACCAGAACCAGAACCUGCUGCCUUUACAGACGGAGAUGAAUAGCUGAACUGAUGAAUUUGAAGGCGAUUGCUGUGUUUCAUUCCAGUUUGUUCCUGGGAUAACGAGAGAAACGUGCUGGGAAUGGGGAAGAUGAUUGAAUAAAGAGCCUUGUACUAA